UGGGCUUUUGAAAGUUUAGGUGCUUCCAAAACGGUCGUUGAGUGCACAAACUCGCUGCCUCAGCACUUAGUACGUCAGAUAAACAAACAAUCGUGGAAAAUAUUAUUACGGAUGAAGAUAUACGACGUAAAUAACAGCAUGGACAUGCUUACAUCCCUCAACCAAAAAUUCGGGUCCGCAGGAAGACUAAAAACAUUCAAAAAUUGGCCCUUCAAUCACGACGUUCGUUGCAAUCCAAAAGCAAUGGCAGAUGCUGGAUUUUUUGCGGUGGAUGAUCCAGAGGAGCCGGAUUUAGCUGAAUGUUUUUUUUGUGGAAAGCAAUUGGAUGGAUGGGAGGCGACUGAUGAUCCCUGGGAGGAGCACAAAUCGCAUCAGGCCAAUUGUGCUUAUGUUAAAUUAAAUAAAACUACAGAAAACGAAUGGACGAUCAAUGAGACAUUUGCAUUGCUGAAGGAAUACUACAGAAAUCAGGGUAAUCAAAGAGUAAAAUCUCUGAAAGACAAUUGGAACGACGAGAUGAAGUUACUGACGGCAGAAAUUCCCCAACUCUUGCAAAAGUCAAGAAAAAACAAAAAAAUCCUAAAAUAAUUCUGUAUUAGUCAAUUAAUUAUAAGUUAUUUCGAUAUUUGUGAAAUCUUUAUAUUUUUUUAUCUUAAAAGUAUUCCUAGAUAUCAGUGAUGAAAGAUCUCCUGAUCUUGAUGAAUCAAAAAUGGAAAAAAAUCCUCGAAAUAUCGUAUUUUAUUGAAUCUUUCACAUUGAUCAGAAGAAAAAAAGUUCGACAUGUUGACAGCCGAAUAAAAAACUUCCAUCUACUUGAUAGACAUCGAAUAAAUAAUCAUUCAAUCAUAA